CCGCUAGUCAUAAAUAUUUAGUUCGCGAGUCUGGUUCUCGACAGUCUGAUAUAGUAUAAAGAAGUAGAAUCAAGAAUAAGCCAUAACAUCCAUGCUAAUGCCGAACAGGACAAAUGAAAGACAAAGGAAAGGCUUUGAAAAGAGUGAGAGUGGAGUAUUCGAUCAACGAACAUCCAGAUCAGAAGAACGUUAAAAAACCACAAGUUAAACAAUCUGAGAACAAAAUCCGGAAUGCAAAGCCAUCAGUCAAAAACCAAAACCAUAUACAAAGGAAAUUGUCAAAGAGUGACUUGGGUGAGACAUCAGUCCAACAUAAAAAAUAGCAAACAUAAGAAAGAAUCACACAUCCACAACGCCAUCAUCAGUCAUGAAUCAC